GGCCCAGGGAGGGAGUGACGUCACGGACUUGGGAGCAAUCUAGGAAGUAGUAACAGGAGCUUGCACGAUUAACCCUGUGACUGCCGUAGGAGCACUCAGAGGGGCACAUUGACAGCUCUGGCGUGCGGUGUGGAAUUCGGCCGUAAGUGGGUAGAACACAGCAGUAUGAAGGGCUGCUAGCCAGUACUCAGUGUGAUACAAUCCGUGAUACAAUGUAUCUGAACGUUCCAUGGGAGCUCUGCAAUGGCAGAACAUAGGCUGACCUAGGGAUUGCUGCUUACUGCUCCAAUAGCUAAACUGGGGAGUAUAGCCUCCCAACUUUCUGUGAUACCCCAAUCUAGUCCACUAAGUACGAGGAGGGUGACCAUGGCACCUCAAAUGUGUCUGAACUAGGGCUGGCUGAGUGUAAUGUGAAAUUUAGGACAGUCUUUAGGCUGGCAGCUGGUUUGACCAGGGCCCUCACCACCUUCUGUUCUUCUAUGACCAACUUGUCUUGUUGCAAAUACCUGUUUGUCAGACCGCAUUUGUACAAUGCUGCAGAAUAUGUUGGUACUUUCUAAAUAAUAAUAUUAAGCAUCUUGGGUGUCAAUUUGACUACAUUGAUGUAGGAAAAUGAAAUGCUGCUCGCAGCGUACUUUAAUCAUCGAUAACAAUCUUUGUGAAUGCAUUUCAGAAGGAAAUUGGCCAUUUGACCUUUAACCCCUUAAGGACACAUGACAUGUGUGACAUGUCAGGAUUCCCUUUUAUUCCAGAAGUUUGGUCCUUAAGAGGUUAAAGAAGUGGGACAUCCUAGCACACCUUGAUGACAGACUGCCUACACACUGAGUAGCAUUAUACAAGUGCUUGUGUAUGCGUUAAUAUUCGCUGCAUGUGGGACUUGGUUGCAUUUAAACAUACAGUUGGGCAGUCAUUUGCCCGCAAUCCUCCAUGUUAAAGACUCUUUGUUGGGUGAUUAGGAAGAAGGUUUACAUGUUGUGUGUCACAUGUUAAAAAUCAUGUGAGAUGGCACAAGUUAUUCACUAAAUAGUGCAGUGAGAUUCAGAAUUAUAGGGUUACUCCGAGAACCAUGUCCACUUAUUUAUUUAUUUAUAAAAUAUUUUACCAGGAAAGAUACAUUGAGAUUUCUCUCAUUUUCAAGGAUGUCCUGGGUCAUUUAAAGUGGUCUUGGUGCCUGGAGUUUGUAUUUUUCUAUGAAACAUUGCACAUAUGGCGUUUAUUCCCUCUGCUGCCAGAGGUGUAACUCAACGUCCAGCUAUGUCAUUGGGGUGUCAUUAGCCAACUCAGAACAAGAGUUCUCUGGGCUGCCUAAUGUGAUUUCUCUGCAAAUUUGACGUCUGACGCCAGCACACACUUCAUCACAACUUCCCCUGUCCACCAAUCAGCUCGUCCUCCCUGACAUUCAUUCUACCCCCCUUUCAACCUCCCCGACAAGAAGGGAGUGACCCCAGCAAAGGAAGAUGGGACUAAAGAUUAGCUUUUAUUUGAUUUUUUGUGGUAGAGGGGGGACAAUGCUGUUGAUGGGGACAUAUCUACUAAACAGUGUGCAGCUGCAUGCUAUCCUAGCUUUUCUGUGGUUAAAAAAAAUUAUCGACUGAGCAGCUGAAAAAGGCCUCUUCCUACCCUGUGCCUCAACCCUAGUCCGUAGGGUGGAAGCUAAAUUUAAGGUGGGCACAGAAAUGCUAGCAAUGUUGCUAAUAAUAUCUAUCUUUGCCAAUGCUGUGUGUCACUGUAUUACUUGUGCAGUUAUUAUAUUUCAGAUCAUUGCCUUGAGCUAUUAAAUAUUCUCUUUAUUUUUGUUACUUAUGUGGACACUUACUGUUUGGUCUCUUGAUCUGUUGCCUCAUGUUGCUUUGGAAAUUACAUAUCAAAGUGCUAAUUGUUAGUUCUUAUACAAUGUCUGUGACUCACCUGUAUUCUUGAGUGAGGCACUUCAAAGACAAACGGCAUUUUAAACAAUGUUAGGCUAAAUAACGUGAAUCCUGUGUCCAUUGUGUUAAAAUGGUAGAUAUAAAAUUUAUCAAAGGAAGUGCGAUGUUUUCUCCAAGGCGGAAAAAUAUUUAGUUCAAAAAGAUGGUGUAUAAAUUUAGGUGUUGGUUAGAAUGAAGUAUGGAAUACUGACAUUUCUUGCAAGUAACAAUUUGCUUCUUUUGAGUAAUUUCCAUGUGAAUGCCUAUUUAAUGUGUGUUUCUGAGUUUUGUUGAUGUAGUGACAGCAGGGCUGCCACCAGAAAUUUUGGGGCCCCUGACAAAGCAGAAGGUCUAUUAGACGCAGUGUUUCUGUAUAGUGAAUGCAGAGUGUUUGAAUGUGUGGUGGAUGUAGUGUGUGUACUGUGAAUACAGGAUGUUUGUGUAGUGGGUGCUGUGUGUAUAGUGAAUGCUGAGUGUGUGUUAGUGUAGUGAAUGCAGAUUGUGUGUCAGUUUAGUGAAUGUAGUGUGUACUGUGAAUACAGGAUGUUUGUGUAGUGGGUGCUGUGUGUAUAGUGAAUGCAGAGUGUGCGUCAGUGUAGUGAAUGCAGAGUGUGCGUCAGUGUAGUGAAUGCAGAGUGUGCGUCAGUGUAGUGAAUGCAGAGUGUGCGUCAGUGUAGUGAAUGCAGAGUGUGUGUUAGUGUAAUGAAUGCAGAGUGUGUGUUAGUGUAAUGAAUGCAGAGUGUGUGUUUACUAGUGUAUGCAUGUUGUGUAAAUGGAGCAUUCCCCCCCACACACUAAUUAUAAUAAAUGUUAUUCCCCCCUCCCUGGUUCAGGGAGGGGGGGGGGAGAAUCCAUCCCUGGUGGUCCAGUGGCAUUGUGGGGCCCCCCGGCUCCCUGUAUUUGCAGAGGGGGCCCAGCAGAGUGCAGCUGUACAUUACAGCAUUUCCCUCUCAUUAACUCCCCGCGAGCGUGCCGCGGUAACCCGUGGCAAUGCUCUGACGGCCGCACGUCUUGCGGGAGUUAGAGAGAGGGAAGAGCUGUAAUGUACUGCUGCAGUCUGCUGGGCCCCCUCUGCAAAUACAGGGAGCCGGGGGCCCGCGGCUGCACAUUUAUGUAGCCAUUAUCGCUAUAUAUAUGUGCAGAGAGGCAAUGUGGGGCCCAGGACUGCCAAAGCAGUCUGGCCCCCCCUGACCGCCGGGCCCAUGACAACUGUCAUGGUUGUCACCCCCGGAUGGCGGCCCUGAGUGACAGGUCAUAUCAAUAGGAAUUACCGCAAAUCUCACCAUUUCAUUUACAGCUCAGUUACAGUGAGGCAACAUUGCUGUCUUACUUCCAGGAUUCACACUGGACAUCACUGUUAAAGUUCCUCAAAGACCCUUGGGAUCAUAAAGUUAUUCUGACGCAAUUUAAAUGUGUGCGUAUAAGUACACGGAGGCCACAUAGAGUAUAUGUUAAGACAUUGGGGCUGUAGUGUAUGUGUAAGGGGGAGGGUAAGUGCUAUAGUGUAUAUGUGCAGGGGUUAGGGUCUUUAAUGGUAAUUUGGGGGAUGAUAGGGGCUGUUGUGUGUAUGUUGAGGUGUAGAAAGGUGCUGUGAUUGGUGGGUUUGGGAUUAUAGUGUGGGGAUAAUGGGUUAUAGUAGCAGGAAAAAGGACUGCAGUGGCUGUAUUGGGGGAUAAUGGCUGUAGUAGCAAAUUGGGGCCAUAGUAGGGACAUUAAGGCUACAAAUGGCGGCUACAUUAGAUAAGGGAUAGUGGCUAUAGUGGGGGGGAUAAAGGCUGUCGUGGGAGGAUAAUGGGUAUUAUGGGUGGGAUAGAGUUUAAAGUGGGGGUAGAGGCUGUAGUGAGGUAGGGGGGCAAUAGUAGAGGAUACAAGCUUAGGCGGUUUAUAUUGGCAGAGGGACAUUUUAAUGAAAAAAAAAAAUCAAAAACUAAACUGAAGUUUCUUCCCCCCUUUCCUGAGGCUUACUUUGGUGGGGGGCAAGUGGCCUUGAUGACCUUAUGGCAAGUCUGGCCCUGGCAUGUUCUGAUCAGAUUAUUUAUACAUAAAAAAAAGUUAAAAAAGAAAACAAAGCUCAUUUUGUUCUUUUCCCUAUCCAUAUAGCCAGGUAACAUAUCUAAUUUUACAACCUGACACUUUUUAUAAAGCAAGUAAUUAUAUUCCUUCAGUACAGUCACAUGAAAGGAAACUAAUAGACAUGCUCUGCCUGGGAGAUUUCCCAAAUGUUAAUCCCAGCUUUGAUCUGAUAUUGUGUGUGUAUCAAACUAAUUGGUGUUGUGUUCAUGCUAGCAUUUGAGACUGCACUAACAGUUUAUUUCUCUAUCCCCAGAAUGAUCUCCGUCCAUGAAGAAUGUAAACCAAGUUUUCUUUGAAGAGGACCUACAGCGUCAGUUAAAAAUCAAUUAAACAGGUAACUAAUCUACACUCUCUUCCAUGGAGUGUCUAAGUAAAUUUUGACCUAGUAUUUUUUCAAUGCAUUAUAUAGAAAAAGCAUUAAAAUUAUAGCAAAUUUUUUUUUUUUUUUUUUUUUAAAGUUCUUAUAACCAAAGUUCUGCACUUUUUUCAACUAGCUGUUAAAUCACUGAUUAGGAAGUCUGCAUGCAGCUACAGACAAAACACUCCAGGAGAAACAUCUUCUUGUUUUCUUUAGGGACUUAUCUUAUCCCAUAAUUCCCUGUCCAGUAAUUUAGCAUCAAUUGAAAUGCAGACCAUGCAUGCGCAGUUUAUAGCGUGACUGAUAACUUUAUUACUGUCAUCAAGAAUAAGGUUUUCGCAUUGAAACAAAGGCAAGAGAAGUCAGUAUAUUUGCACAUAAAAAUAUUUUUAUUCAUACAGUGGCUAAAUAUAGAUUGUAGAAAGAAAGUGCAGAAAAUAGUACAGGCAUAUAAACAGUAGAUAGCAUACCCAUAACCACUAUAGAUACAUUAGUAAGUGCUCAAAGUUGGAACCCAUAAACCCAUAACAUUGCAGACAUACUGACCUAAGACCAGGAGAUAAUACAACCCCAACGUUUCAGCGUCUUAGCCUUCCUCAGGGAGAAUAUCUAACCCAGUGGUCUCUGUUCCUAUAUAUACCCUGGAUAAUAUCAGGGAAAUAAUUGCCUGAUUAAAAACAAAAGCCUGUAGGUGGUGGAGGAAUAAUGCCAGUAAAGAUAGAUCAGAAUGGAGUGACUUCCGUGUUCGUCUGACGUCAUCCCUUUGGCGCGACUUUAGACGUAGAUACGUGCAAAGAAUCGGUGAUUCAGAGUAGCCAGAAAGAGUAAUCUAAUAAAAAAUAGCGUUAGUGGGACUUGAUAACCAGCUCCAUAUAAAACUUGCCUUCUCCCAACAUGCACACGGCAAAAAAGACAGUCGUGUACAUAUAUCAGUACAUGAUUAACAUAUAAAAAGCACAAGAUAAAUAUAUGCACUAGAGAUCAACAGUAAGAAGGGUAGGUAACAAUAUAAUAGAUAAAAAAUAUAUGGGGCCCCAUAUAUACCACAAAAAUAAACAAACAUAACAACAACUAUAAAAAAGAAAAUAGAAGUAAAUGCAUACACGUACAUAAAGAAAAGAAAAUAGACAUGAAUUAAAUAUAAUGACCCAAGUCACUUCUGAACCGUGGACCACAGGGGGAAAAAAGACACCCUGGGAGUCCAUAGUUGAGAGCACCAAAAGAUCCAAGAAAUAUAUGAUAAAUAAUGAAUGGAAUUUUUUUUAAAUAUAUAUAUAUAUAUAUAUAUAUAUAUAUAUAUAUAUAUAUAUAUAUAUAUAAAAAAGGCCAAACUCUGGCACUCAUCCUCCAAAAAUAUACGGGGAGUAAUAUUACCCGGGUGCUUCUAAGCCAGUAGAUACAUGCAAUCAAUCAGGAGCACUCCCUUGGAUUUUCAAAAAAGGUAUUUAAUCCAAUGUUAAUAACUCACAUCAACGUUUCGACCCGACAACAUCCUGAUUGAUUUUGUGUAUAUAUAUAUAUAUAUAUAUAUAUAUAUAUAUAUAUAUAUAUAUAUAUAUAUAUAUAUAUAAUAUUUUCUACUAAGUCUAUGGAUCUGAUGGGGGAUCAGAAUUUCCCAUAAAAAAAGCAGGAGGCACAGAGGCUGAGAGCUUAACCGUCAGAAUUUUCACAAAUUAAAUCAGAAUGGCAAAACUGAGACAAAAAUAGCCAAACUGUGACUGUAGCUAAAUAAUAUUUUAUCUAUUUACCAUUUUGCCAUUCAGAAUUAAUUCCCAAACAUUUGGCGUUUAGUGAUUUUAACUUUGACAGUGUUUUCCCCAUUGGUUUUAGGUUUGAAAGUGAAUUUCAUCAAUUGUACCCUUUCCUGUAGGCAGUUUAAGUUGAUUGAUUUAAUAAAAAAUAAUUUUCUUAAAAAAAAAUCCAAUUAAAGUUAUUUAAACGUAACCAAAUCUCAGCAGUAUUUGAAAAUCUAUUUUUAAUAAUUUGCUUUUGAGACAUUUUUUUUUUUAAAUUCUCUAUGGUUUUUGUUUUGCAGAAUGUCUGGUUUUCAUCUACGAAAAAUUAUUUGUCAGGCAGCAGCUAAUAGAAGUUGCCAUUUUGGAAAGCACCUUGGGCUUCCUUCUCAGUGGUUUAAAGUGACCAACUUUCUGCCCUUAAAUUCUGUGACUUGGACCAGAAAUGGAGCCCCCUCUAUCCAUGCCAAACCAUAUUCCUCUGUGGAGCAAAGUGAGGACAAAGAAGUAAAGGGAAGUUCAAAAAAGAAGGAAAACCCAAAUGCUGCUAAGUUCUUUGGAAGUGUAGGUCGGAAAAUUCACCAUCGCUUCAUACAUGUCUUCGAUGAUCAUGGCGAGGACUUGGGCAACAUGCACAGAGCAGAUGUUAUACGUAUCAUGGAUGAACGAGGUCUUAAAUUGGUUCCUGUUAAUGAAAAUGCAGAUCCCCCAAUAUAUAGAUUGCUAACGGGAAAACAGAUCCACGAAGAACAGCUCAAGCUUCGAGAAAAACAAAAACUCUCCUCCAAUCAUGGUAUGCACCUUGUUAAAAUGUAUUGUUGGUAUUUAAUGUAGAUUAGUGGUGAAGGCAACGGGGACCACACAUUUUUAAGAUGAUAAGUAUUGUUGGUGUCUAACUAGUAUUACACUUUAGCACUUCGUUCCUUAUGCUGUAUGUUUGUUUAGAGUACUAUAGAUUUUGUUUGUAAAGUGGUGAUGGGAAUGUUUUGGUAGGUUGGAAUAUCCAUCGAGCAGAUAGUUAAGUUGUUAUGGUGUCAGAGAGUUACUUUAAAUAAGACAUAUGAAAAAAAAACAACAGGGUCUAAUAUAGUAUUGUGGGGUGAAGUACAAGUUUUCUUAAUUCAUAGUACAUGUAUAGGUUUGCUUUUAGACAUAUGAUUUAUGAGCUUUUGUAGAUACCUCCCCAUUCCAUUGUCCAAAUCACAUUUCAUCCAAUCUUCUUCCCACACUGUAUUUUGAAAAAUGCCUAUAUCUGGUUUUUGAAUGAUUAAUAAUUAAUGUAACCUGGAGUUCCUUUGGAUAUACUAUGUCAUCAGAAACAAGCUGUGGUGAAAGAGUAGCAUUUUCUUGUGAUCUUGUGAACUUUUAUUACGACCUGCAAGUGGUUCUUGAAUAAUGCUAGUUAUGAUCAACUAAUCCCAUAUAGGACAGUUAUAAAUGCAGAAUGGCAUGUUUUUCUUUCAAUGCAGGUCCAGUACAGAUUAAAGAAUUGUCCUUCUCUGCCACAAUUGCAAAGCAUGACCUAGACGUAAAGCUCAAGCAGAUUUCGCACUGGAUUGAAAAGAAACAUCAUGUUCGAAUUACUGUCCAAAAAGGGGGCGUUGGAGGGGAAAAUGUCAAGCUGGUAAGCAAAAUAGGUUUUGUUUUCUUGGAACUGGCUUGUUUUUUUACAUUUUGUAAUUUGAUUUUAGAUGAGGCUGUAGUCUAAACUACAGUUUGAGUAAUGGAAAGAGAAACAUAGAAGGGAAAUGGAAAGCUUGAACUGUGGGGCUAACCUGUCUCCUGACUCCUCAUGCCAAAAUUGAAGAUUUGCGUAAGGUCUCCACUCUCCAGAGAUUUAUGUACCCACAGGAAUUUGGGGGUUGGUCACAGCUGUGAUCUUUAUACCUAAUAUGGAUCUUCGUUUGAACAGCCAGCAUUAGCUUAGAUCCUGGGAAUUUUUCCAUUAUGUAUUUUAGAAUUAUUAUAUGUUACAAAAUUCAAAGGGACAUUUAACAGUUAAUUUCUGCCCCCCCCAAAGAGCUGUACAUUUUACCAGUGUAGAGUGAUGUGCAUUUUGAUGGGAGUAACUGACUUGACAGGAGUAAUAAUAAUUGGUACUCAUUCUUGUUUCAAUCGUUAAAUAAACAAGUUUAUGUAGAACCACAGCAUUAAAAAAACACUCCAUGCAUAUAAAGCACUUCAGCUUGCUUACAUGCUUUGUGUGUGUGGAAUCUCUCAUGUUUUUUUACUGUUAUUACAAAACUGUGAUUUCAAUAGAAAUCAGCUCUAGAUAUAAAUCCUCGGUGCACCAUCUCCAGUCCUUCCUCUUCCAUUAGCUCCACACAGUAUAGUGUAGGUGGCAUGCGCCCUGGGCUUAAUCACCCCCGCCAACAACAAACACACAAAAAGGUCCUAUUCUCUCAAAUAAACACGCUACAGCCCCUAUUUACAUGCCCACACAACACAACAUAACAAGCGGCCCCAGCACAGGCAGCAUUUCGACAAACCUUGCAUUAACGCGCCCAAUCAUAAACAUUUGCAUAUAUGUAUGUGUAAUAUAGGGAGAACAUUGAGCAAACUGGCCCUGGAGCAGGAAGGAGGAUAAAUGUGGCCCUGAGCGGGCACUUGUGUAGACAAAAGUAGGGGAUGCAUAAAUUAUAAUAAAAUAUCUGGAUUUUUAGUGUAUUUGCAGGAAACAGUAGCCAGGUAAUCAGAGUUUAACUUAAAGGUAAUAAGAAUAUAAAUUAAUGUUAAGCUAUUCAGAACACUGAUGUUAAAAUUGACGUUAUACCGUUACUACAUCUAUCCUUGAAAAAAUGAUAAAACUUGAAAAUAAAGAUUGUCAAAAAAAAAGAAUAUAAAUUAAAGGACAACUGUCAAACAUGUAAAUUAUUUUUAAAAUAAUUACAUGUAUUAUAACCUGGUGCGUAUUAUUUUUAUAAUGAUUGCAUAUAAGUAAAUACCUAUUUUCAGUGCAUCUACUGCUUCAUCUUUAACUCCUAUUUGGUUGGAUACACUUAUCUAACCAAAAUUCUGCAGGGCAGUCAAGAGCUAAACUGUGUUCACAAAUCAUCGCAACUGCUGGGCAUCUCAAAAAUGCAAUCUAUUGUGUUUCAGACCAAAAUAUAACUGUGCCCCGCCCCUUCAAAUAAGGCUAAGCUGAGAGAUACAUUAAAAGUUAUUAAAUUAAAGGAUUCAUUACAAAAUAAUACACAACGAAGCAAGACAAUUAUGUCUUUCUUUAAGUAGAUUACAUCAGAGUUGGGGUUUUAUUUUUUUUUAGUUUUUUUUUUUAAAUCUUUUUCUCAGUGUGUCAAUGUUAAAAAGGUUGCACCAGUUCACACCAUCACAACUUUGCAUUAUUACAAACAUUAUGGUGCAGUUACUUUUUUUUAUUAUUUAUUUAUUUAUUUAUUUUUUACAUCAAAUCGCUGAAGUUUUAAAUGGAAUCUCUGUGCGGAUGAUAAGAUCAGGGUGAAUCUGCUUUUUUAAAAAGGGAAAUUGUAUGUUACAUUUUUUUAUUUAUUUUUUUAAAUUCCCCUAAACUUAAAUUGGCAGUGAAAAAAGAUUUUGAGUGGUCCCUACACAUUUUGUGGAGCCGCCCAAUCGUUGCACACUGAUAAAUGAUUCAUACCAUCAUUAAAAAGCUCCUUUUUUUUUUUUUAUAGCAUAUGAUUUAAAGGCAGUCUUAGAGCACCAUAACUACUACAACACGCUAAAACAUUACCUUUCAUUAGCUGUAGAACUGUUUUUUAUUUUGCAACGUUGAGGACAAACUGCCUAUUCAUGGCUACCUGAACAAACAGCCAAUCCAUUGUUUCUCAUGGAGAAGCAUUGUGUUCUCAAUGGAGAAGCAUGUCCAUUUACGAACAGCUCGCUGUCUAUCCACAUGGACUUUUAUAUGGCUGCCCUGCCCACCGAACUCUGCCAUGUUGCUCUAUCCCAAUCUCUUCUACAGUGCCUUUCAGGAAUAAAUAAAUACUCAAACUAUUAGUGAUCACUAAUGCUAGCAAGUGACAGGGCUAUGAACAUGCAUUUAGCAGAGGAAACGGUAGGAUUGUAUUGACAAAGGUGUCUACAUUUCCUAAAAAUAGAGUUUGGUGUCAGCACAUUUAGCGUUCCUGAUGCAAAAAGUAAGAUACGGUUAGUGUUUAGUGUGACUGUGUGAUUUCCUGGUAGCAUGAAAGAGCUAGGACAAAAUAUAAUUUCCUUUUUCAUUUGUGUGUGUGUGUGUGUGUGUCUGUAUAAAUAGAUAAAUAUGUAAUGUGUGUGUGUGUAUAUGCAAAAAUUUUGUUAAAAAAAAAAAUCACUUUAAAAUCUCAUAGAACUAUGGCUAGCAGAGACUUGUGUGAUACGUGGUUCAGUCACCAGCCGCAGUUCCAUGUCUCUACCCAAAUUGCUAAUCAGCCUUCUCACAGCCCUAUAUUCGGUUUGGUGACCAAGGAGGCAUUUGAGGGAGUUUGGGAUUUGUGUAGCAUGCGCGCUGGUCUUGCAUGCACAUGUUGUAAACACAUGCAAGGAAGACAUUAAACUACUUCUUCUGAUAUCCAAGUCAGCACAGAUUAUAUUUUAGUAAAUAGUUUUAUUUAUAAGCCACUCUGUGCAGGGCUGCAGGAAACAAAACUCACUGCACCCCAACUGUAUAUGCACUGAGCCUUUCCUGUUAUAGGGGUUAGAGUGAACUUUCACUGUGAAGUCAACAUUAGUAUUAUUAUUACUAUUUAUCAUUUAUAUAGCGCCACCAUAUGCCGCAGCGCUUUACAAUGAUAAAACAGGGAUAUAUUUUAAGUAGUUUACAUACAGAAUAAAACAGAGAAAGGAGGUGAGAAGGCCCUGCUCAAAACGAGCUCACAGUCUAUAAGGAAGGGGUAAAGACACAAAAGAGAAAUAACAGCGUGUCAGAGGGGAGGAAGGAUUGAUGGCUAAUGUGCCUGUGUCGAAAUUCGCUAUUUAAAGUGGUUUGUGAAAGAACUGAACAGUGGUAGGUGAGAGAGUGAGCUGGGCUAUGGAGAUGAGGGAACUGAUGAGGGCAGUGAAAUGAGAGAAUGGUCACCCAGGAAGAUGGUAAACUUUCUUGAAGAGGUGACUUCUUAAAAGACUGGAGGCUAGGGGAGAGUGCUACCAGGUAACGAAUUCCAAAGAAAUGGGGCAGCCCUUGAAAAAUCCUGCAAAUGAGAGUAGGCAAUGCGGGAACGGGCAGGUGUUAGGAAAACUACAUAAAAUACAAAAGUAAAUCAGCGCUAAUCAACAGAUAAUAUGAAAAUAGGCAGCAACUCAAACGAAGGAGACCCCUCAAAUUUUUCAGUAGAUAGAUGAGAAAAUACAAAGAGAUGGGGUAGGGCUGCACCAGUAGAGGAAUAAAAUAACAUAAAAUAGUCUAAAAGAGUCUCACUAGAGCAACAAUGCUUGAUGGAGUGUAGAUGAGUAGACUUUUCUGUAGGGGUGGGGACUUCCUAAUGUCUCAGGGUAUUCGUAUGUAUGAAAGACAAAGAGACAGGCAGCCAGUAGUGCAAUACGUCUAAAAUCCAAAGAGUAAAAUAGUAGUAGGUGGUAGAGAACUCACAUUUAAAAGAGCUAUGGCCAGCUCUGGUGUGAAGGGUGUUCAGCGGUAUAAUCCCUGCUAAAUAGUAAAUAAAAGUAAAUAAAAUAAUAGCCACGAGCAUAGAGCAGAAAACACUGCUCUAUUAAUAAAGCGUUGGUGGUAUGAUCCCCACCUGGGAUUUCUUUAAGUCCUGGAACAACAGUAAAAAGCCAGGAAAGUAAAAAUAGUAAAAAUGCAUAACAAUACAAUAAAAAGAGAAUUGGCACAGUAAAGUAACCAAAAACCUUUAAUUGAUCUAAAAUACACAAUAUAGAAUAACCAUUACGCAUUUCACCAAUAUAGGCUUUCUCAAAUGGUAUAAAAAACAUACAACCUGGCUAGUAGGAGCUUAUAUAGGGAAGAGAUUAUUUUAAAAUUGGUGCCAAAAUUGAGUCACAGACUUGCAUCCAAUCAGCAUACAUCGUCAUUAUAUACAUAACAAAUAAUAUAAGCAGUGUUAAAUAACGAUAUGUAUAGGUUUGUGGACCAGUUUUGUCUGUUUGAAUCCAGAGCACAUGACGUGAGUCACGUGCACGGCUUAAUUAGCCAUCCGCUAGGUGUAGUGGGAAAUGUAGUUCCCAGUGUGAUGCCUGAGAGGUCACAACAGGGCACAGUAUGUAGGGCCAGAUAAGUUUAAAUAACCCAGGGUUUCAUUUGAUUGGUCCACGUCAUGCUUGUGCCCCAAAAUGUGCAUGGAUGGGGGUGCCGGAAUGACAUGGGCCAAUGGGAGUCAACCACAAGGUUAGAUUCUCAUUUUCCCUCUAAGAACGUGCUUGUGACGUGAACAGCUUUCUUAUGACUGUACGGGCCCGGGUAAGUUCAUCCACAUCUUGGGGAAUUCCAAUUUGCGUAGUAAGUACUUAUGGAAACACGUAUUUGCUAUGCAAUGUGGCAUUUAUUCCCGAUGUUUGGGUGUUUUUUUUUUUUUUUUACUACCAUUUUAUUGAGCAAUAAAGGAGUACAAUACAAGGUAUAAUGUUUAUUGAGAUGAUUGUACAAGAAAGAACAUCAUGACAGAUAAGGACAUUUGUUCAUGGAUCUUUUAACGUUUAAAUACAAUUGAACACAACAGCUGUAUAUACUGUUAACAAAGAGAAUGGAAAACAAGAGAUAAGGAAUAGUAUGUCGAAAUGGUAAAUAAUUAUGGAGCAGUGGUAGUGGGAUGGGGGCAGUAAAUCUAUUUUGACCCAGAGGGAAUGGGAGUUUGGGAAGAAUAUUUUAUGGUAGGUUUCCUAUGUGGAUAGGAUUGAACUUUGUUGUUUUGUUUUUACAACAUGGGUAAGGAUAUAAUGUUUUCACCUGUGGAAAAACUUUUGAGAGCAAUUCAUUCUAAACGUGAAUUUUUAAGUUUUUCAUUAAAUAGUGGUACUGAUGGGGAGGUGGGCUAUAUUUAUAUAUUGUUGGAUAUGAAAGGUGGGCGUAAAAUGCUAAAAAGUGCAUAUUCUGGUAUAGACGGAAUAGUUUGUGAUAUAAAAAAGUUAUUUAAAAGCUCUACUUUUUUUUUUUAGCAAUAUUCAAUGUUAAAAAAAAAGUUCUGUAACAUUUCUAUUCAGCUAUAAUCUCUUUUUAGACCUAAAAUUUGAAAUUCACUUCUGAAAACAUUUAAAAAGAACCAGUCGGUGAAUAAAAUAAUAGAUACCUGCUUAAACACAAUCUACGAGUUACAAAAUCCUUGGCAAGUGGAUUGACAAGAUUUUUACGUUGUGGAUUCAUAGUCGGAAAGGAAUCGUUACCGGUUCGUGUGAUGUUCAAUCGCACAUUGUAAACGUAACGCGUUAAUGUUCUGUAAAUUCAACCCACCUGAUCAUGUUCCCAGACAAUGAUUGUCCUUGAAAUGUUUGACUUUCUUUCUUUUUUUUUUUUUUUUUUUUAUAGGAUUUAUUAAAUCAAAUAGUUGAAUCGAUGGCACAACAUGCAACGUGUAUGUUUAAUCCGAAACUGGUCAAAGAUGGCAGAGCAGCAGUUUGUGUCCUCCGUCCGUGGUCUGCGAAGGAACUACGUGAACGUGCUAAAAAAGAGCAAGAACAGCAACAAACCACGGACACCACCAACACUGUGCAAACAAACCAGAAAAUCUCUUAACUUCUGUUCACUCGUCGCAGCAGGAACAAACAUUUUGUCAACACUAACAUGCCUAUCCAUAAAUAUUAUUAUAUUUUUCACAUGCUGGCACAAGGAUGUUUUAAAAGCAGACACAUCUUUUUGAGGCAAACUUAAGACUUUUCUGUUGUUGUUUUCAGGAUUAUGUAUGUAAUGUUUGAAAUUCAAAGUAAAUGUUACAUUUCAGGCAAAAAAAGUGGAAAACCUUUCUAUUCAGCUAUAAUCUCUUUUUAGACCUAAAAUUUGAAAUUCACGUCUGAAAAAGAUUUUUACGUUGUGGAUUCAUAGUCGGAAAGGAAUCGUUACCGGUUCGUGUGAUGUUCAAUCGCACAUUGUAAACUUAACGCGUUAAUGUUCUGUAAAUUCAGCCCACCUGAUCAUGUUCCCAGACAAUGACUGUCCUUGAAAUGUUUGUUACAUAGUUUGUCACAAGGUGCACGCUUCCUGUGUUUAAUAUCAUUACAGCGGCCCACACAGCUAACAACUGGACUUGUUUAAUCCAAUUAAACAAGAUCAAGAUAAUGAAAAAUUACUAGAUGUGUUCUACUGAAAAUAGCUAUAAGAUUCCUGCUGUAAUAAACCCUCUUUCUUUCUGUUUGGGACCGCUAUAUUUGAUACAAUGUCUAUGAAUUAUUGGUGUUGCCAAGUUUGUCUUGUUAUACUGUAUAAAUAACCUUGGACAUGUUAUACAAAUUAGUCUGUGUUGUAAGAGACUCUGCAUUUGUUAGUGUCAUGUAAUAUGGAGAACAUUUUUAAGGGUUUUAACUUAAAGCGGCACUGUCAUGCCGAACUUACCUUUCCUCAAUCUCUUCCUCUUCUCCCCCUCUCUCAGGAUCUGUUCUUUUCUUUCUGUCUUCUUUAGUUUUCUUUAAAAUCAUAAGACAAAGUAGGGACUCUUUGCCUUAUGGAGGUUUCCUCCGCUUGACCAGCUUUGACCAGCAGAGGAGCAAAGUGUGCUUCAUUUCCACUUGUUAGAACAAUUUUCCCAUAAUUCUUACCUUUCCUCUGUGAUGCUUCCUGUCAUUUUAGACGAAACUGCCGAAUUGCAUUCUAACUGAAUGAGAACAGUAUGUUAGUUUGUUUUAGAACUCAAUUCGGCACUUUUUUCGUAUUGGAAUUUCUUUAUCAGAAACUCUGAUUCAAUUUGUACCACGGUAUUUGGGAGUUAUCUUCUAAAAGGCUGUAAGACUUAAAUUGGCCUAAAUUUCAGUCACUUACCUGAAUCCAGCGCCGAUGUCCCUUGGCACUGGGUCAGGCUCCACCCACACUCCAAUGGCCGUGCGCACAUUAGACCUCCUCAUAGAAAAGCAUUAUUCAAUGCUUUCCUAUAGGGAAAAUCUGACUCUAGGGGUCCGUGAAGACGUCCAGCGUCAGAUAACGGACCAAAAGUCCGUCUGGGUUCCGAAAGCACCCCCAGUGGCUGUCUGGUAGACUACAAUGACUUCUCAGAUUCCUCGGAAGAACUGAUGCUGGACAGGGGGACAACUAUCAUGCCACCUCCACAUCAUGCCCCGACUGCUCCUCAGAGUGCUGACUCCCAGCCUGUGACCACGGCCACCCUGAAGGAACUGCUAGCCAACCUUCAGAAACCCAUUCAGGCUGAUGUGACCUCCCUAGGCUCUGACCACUCAGGUCUUGUGGGUCGCAUAGAGACCGUGGAACUGAUAUCAACACAGCAGUCUAGAAGAGGAAGUGCGAUACCUUAAAAAGCAACAACUUACCUUCGAGCAGCGUUUUUGCCCUACUGGAAGACGCACAGCGCCGCAACAAUAUCAAGGUUCGAGGAGUCCCCAAAGAAUUACCCAUGGCAGAACUGGCGCGAAGACUGAUUGGGGCCUUGCUAACUCCCAAACAGGUCAAAAGCAUCCAUAUAGAUGGGACCUUCCGAGUUCUAAAACCCCAGAGAGCAUCGGAGUCAGCCACUAAAGACAUAGUGGUAUGAUUUACCUGCAACAGGGAUAAAGCGGCAGUACUGUAGGCGCUGAUGGCCACAUCACCUUACGCGUUCGAGAAUAUGUCGCUGACAUUUUACACAGACCUCUCAGGGUAAAGACUAAAAUGGAGAAGAUCCCUACAACCCUUUACGUCAGCACUCCGAAGCAGAGACAUUUGUUACAGAUGGCGCUCACCGAGGAAGUUGCAGGUCUUACAGGACAAUGUUACCCACAAGGUUCGUGAUUUGACCAAGGCUACCGCCCUACUUGAGACCCUGGGCCUCCCGCUGGACGCUAAGUCCCAGUAAAUGGGACAUAGCGAAAGUUACCCUUUUUGUUCCAGCGAAUAUCCAUACUUCUGAAGACCGUAUCUUCAGAAGGAUAUUGAUACUUUAAAAAGAGUUCAGAGAAGGGCUACUAAGCUGCUUCAUGGACUUCAGGAUAAAACUUACAAGGGAAGGUUAAAGGACCACUCUAGGCACCCAGACCGGUUCCGCUUAAUGAAGUGGUCUGGGUGCCAGGUCCAGCUAGGAUUACCCCUUUUUUUUUAAUAAACAUAGCAGUAUUACUCUGACAAACUGCUGCUCCUCCACGACGUUGUGUUGAGCAAAAAUAAAGAAUUAAAAAAAAAAUAAGAAGAAUGUUACAAUAAAAUAAUAGUGUAUUGGUAAUGGACAUUAAAGAGAAACUAUAGGCUAGGAAUACAAAAUUGUAUUCCUAGCACAAUAUUGCCCUAUAGUGCUCCUCUCACUUGCCCAACCCCUUCCCCCCCACAGCACAGAAAGGGUUAAAAAUGUCCCUCGGUGCUGUGUCAGGCUUCGCCUCCGCUUCUCCUCCCCCGAUGUCAGCGACAUAAUGCACAUGCGCGGUGAGCAUUAGGACAAUCUCAUAGCAAAGCAUUGACUCAAUGCUUUCCUAUGGUGUUUUAGCUGACACUGGAUGUCCUCUUGCGACCUGGUGGCUGUCUGGUAGAGGUGGAGUUAGCCUUUCAAUGUAAUUAAUGCAGUUUCUCAAUAACUGCCAUAAUUACUACACCCAGACUACUUCAAAGAUAUAGUAACAUAAAGGUGGUCUAGGUGCCUAUAGUGUCCCUUUAAAAAAAAUAAAAAAUUGGAAAUAUGAAUUUAAUCUGUGGGGCCUGUCUUUUAGCAAAUUCAUCCAUUUUCAUUCAGUGAAAAAGUAAUUUUAUUUCAGCUGUAUUUUCUAUUAACUUUAUUGAAACUUCAUUGAGCUAAA